CUGACGAUGGCGUCUCCAGCUUCGUGCGGUUCGCGUCAGAGCCCAGAGGGGCUCCUUGGAGACCCCUCUUCACAAGAAGAUGAGGAUUGUGAUCCUGAAGAUCGUGUCAGCGACUCGGGUUCAUACUCCUCUGCAAGUAGCGAUUAUGAUGACCUGGAGCCUGAAUGGCUGGACAGUGUGCAGAAAAAUGGAGAGCUGUUUUAUUUGGAAUUGAGUGAGGAUGAAGAAGAGAGCCUCCUUCCUGAGACACCCACUGUGAACCAUGUCAGGUUCAGUGAAAAUGAGAUUAUUAUUGAAGAGGAUGAUUACAAAGAAGGAAAAAAAUAUGAACCCAAACUCAAGCGGUUUACCAAAAUUUUAAAAAGUAAAAAACUUUUACCUAAGCGCUACAAUAAAAAAAGUAGCAACAACAGUGGCCCGGUGUCCAUUCUAAAGCAUCAGUCCAAUCAGAAAACAGGAGUCGUUGUCCAACAGCGGUACAAAGACGUGAAUGUUUACGUAAACCCCAAAAAGCUAACUCUCACCAAAGCCAAAGAGCAGCUCAAGCUUUUGGAAGUACUGGUUGGGAUUAUCCAUCAGACCAAGUGGAGCUGGAGAAGUGGAAAACAGGGCAGUGGAGAGAGGCUUGUGGUCCGUGGCCUGCUGCCAGGAGGAUCUGCCAUGAAGAGUGGUCAGAUAUUAAUUGGUGAUGUCCUUGUUGCUGUGAACGAUGUUGAUGUGACCUCUGAGAACAUAGAGAGAGUUCUGUCUUGCAUUCCUGGACCUAUGCAGGUGAAACUGACAUUUGAAAAUGCACAUGCUGUGAAAAAGGAAACAACUCAACCAAGACAGAAAAAGGCACAGUCGAACACAAGUGAUUUAGUCAAACUUCUAUGGGGAGAAGAGGUUGAAGGUAUCCAGCAGAAUAUCCUAAACACUCCUCAUAUCGUUAUGUAUCUCACACUACAGCUCGACUCGGAAACAUCAAAGGAAGAGCAGGAAAUUCUUUAUCAUUAUCCAGUAUCUGAUGCAUCUCAGAAACUUAAAAGUGUGAGAGGGAUAUUUCUCACACUCUGUGACAUGUUGGAAAGUGUAACUGGGACACAAGUUACUAGCUCAUCCCUUCUUUUAAAUGGGAAACAAAUUCAUGUGGCUUAUUGGAAAGAAUCUGACAAGUUGUUGUUAAUUGGCCUGCCUGCUGAAGAAGUUCCUCUUCCUCAGCUAAGGAACAUGAUAGAAGAUGUUGCCCGAACUUUAAAAUUUAUGUAUAGUUCUUUAGAUAGCAAUGAGAACAGUGCCUGGAACAUAGUAGGCACUCAGAUGGAAUUAGACACGGCAUUGAGUGACUUGGAGGCCGCAGAUUUUGCAGAACUGUCUGAGGAUUACUAUGACAUGAGGCGGCUGUAUACAAUUUUAGGAUCUUCUCUAUUUUACAAGGGUUAUUUGGUAUGCAGUCAUUUACCUAAGGAUGAUCUUAUUGACAUUACUGUGUACUGUCGCCACUAUUGCCUGCUGCCAUUAGCAGCAAAACAAAGAAUUGGUCAGUUGGUAAUAUGGAGAGAAGUAUUUCCUUGUCAUCACCUCCAGCCUUCUACAGACUCAAACACUGAAGUCUUUCAGGAACCUGAAGGGAGAUAUUUUUUGUUAAUUGUUGGCUUGAGACAUUAUAUGUUAUGUGUACUAUUAGAAGCUGGAGGCUGUGCAUCCAAAGCUGUUGGGAAUCCUGGACCAGACUGUAUAUAUGUGGAUCAGGUCAAAACAGCUCUUCACCAGCUGGAAGGAGUAGAUUCCCGCAUAAAUGAACGGCUAGCAUCUUCUCCAAGCCCCUGUUUGUCUUGUGCUGACUGGUUCCUUGCUGGAUCACAUGAAAAAUUAGAUAGUUUGACAACCUCACCUAUCCUCAGUAUGCUCCAAGCUACUUCCAAAGUAGCAACCUCUCCAACAUGCAGAAGAACUCUUUUUGGUGACUAUUCCUUCAAGACACGUAAGCCCAGUCCUUCCCGAAACAGUGGAGGAUCUGACAGUGGUUGUGAAGGUGGAGAAGGUGUUGGCCUGAGCACCUACGCUACACUGGAUGCAGUACGGAAACAAAGAGACUCUCAGGGCUCUGAUGGUUCAGAAGAAGGUGGGGCGUUGCUUAAGGUCACUAAGAAGAAGUCUACUCUUCCAAAUCCGUUUCAUUUGGGGAACUUGAAAAAGGACCUUUCAGAAAAAGAAUUGGAAAUAUAUAACACAAAGAAAUUGACAUCUGGUCCUGAGAACACACUUUUCCACUAUGUUGCCUUAGAAACAGUGCAAGGGAUCUUUAUUACCCCUACCCACGAAGAGGUGGCACAGCUAAGCGGCUCUCUCCACCCUCAGCUAAUAAAGAAUUUCCAUCAGUGUUGUCUCUCCAUUCGUGCAAUUUUCCAGCAGACAUUGGUGGAAGAGAAAAAGAAAGCACGAAAUGGUGGAGAUCAAUCAGGUUCUACAAAUUCAGUGUCUUCUCUUAGCCCUGUGAGAGAACAUGGUGUGUUGUUUGAGUGCUCACCUGAAAACUGGGCUGAUCAGAGAAAAGCACCCCCAGUCAUGGCUUACUGGGUAGUAGGGAGACUUUUUCUUCAUCCCAAACUUCAGGAACUUUACGUCUGUUUUCAUGACUCAGUCACAGAAAUUGCCAUCGAAAUGGCUUUCAAAUUAUUCUUUGGAUUAACCUUGUAGUUGUGUUUUCUUGAUGUACAGCAACACUGUGCCUGGAGCAUUGAGAAGUGGUAGAAUUGCUGAAAUCCAUACACAAAGAGAGAAGGUUUAGUUUCUCUUCACUGUUCAGUAUUGAACAUAAUAUUGUUAAAUAUUGAGAUGACACGCUGUUGGAUUUGGUGCACUAAAUCUUUUGUGGUAUUGUGAGGCUUUUGAAAAGAUAAUUGAUCAAAAUAUGAAGAAAGGAUUGUUAACUUAUUUCCAUUGUGGUAUAUAACAUUAAUUUAUUGACUAGUUUGAAAUAAUGUGAAGUGUUUUAUAUAAAAUUCACAUAGGAAAUAUUUAUCUUGGAAAAAUGCUCAAUUCAUUGUGUAUUUUUCUCAAAACCAAUAUUGUAUCUGGUGCAAGAAUGAUGAAAUAGGGAGGACGUGACCAGGUUCUGUAACUAAUUAGUGCUGUGACCAUGAGCAAGUCUUUUGUACCUCUCUGAGGUCAGAGUUCUGUACAAAUGAGACGAUUGCAUUGAGGUUUCUAAAGUCUCUCUUAAGUAAAAUGUGCAUUUUUUUUUUCCUCUUGCCUGUUGGUCAGUACCUAAAUUUGUCAUGUCCAAGUACUGCUUCCUUAUUAGAUCAAAUACUUUUUAAGUAUUUUAGUAGAUACCUCACUGUAGAGGAAGAGUGGAGGAAUGAAAAUUAAACUUAUUUUUUUAUUUGUUUCAUUUCCUUUACUCUUUCAGGUCAGCUCUGUUUCGAGUAGGAUAUAUUUUUUAAACUAGUUGUCCAUAAACUUUCAUUGUUUUUCUUUUUGUUAAACUAUAUUCAGGCAUACACACACAUUUUAUACAGUUCAUGAAUUUCAGGAAAGCUGUAUGUAAAUUUUUUUAAUCAUGUUAAAAACACUGAAAAAGUUGGCUAAAGAAAUCCUAUGGUGACUUCCUUUGUUAAAUACUAAUUUUUGCCUUAUAAAUAUGAAUAAUUAUGUAUUGGGUUUUCCCAAAAGGAGAUGCUUUAAUGGGCAAUAAUUUACUUGAACUUUAGUAGAGAAAGAAAACUAAUGGGAUGAGAAUUUUCUUUGGCUGUGAGAAUUUGGUGGAUUGAGAGGAAGGAAGAACAUAACAAAUACUGCAUUUUUAAUUGACAUUUACCAGUGGAUCCUCCUGAAGUCUCCGAUGCCCCAAGACUUUACAAUACUGGGUUCUUUCUUCAGGACUUAAGCUUUAGAAGGCAAAUUAUGCCAGCACAUCCCAAGCCAGUCUCUGCAUUUCCCCCACUUCAAACAUGAGCCCUCCAGCUUAGUCAGAACUAACUGCAAAACAUAGUGGGUGCACCAUUUGAAACAUUUGGUUUUAGAAACACCAUUAUCCAUCUGUCAUCAGUUUAAGAGGUUUUCACCCAGGCAUUUAAGAUGCAGACCACUGUUAUUAGUCCUCUUAGUGACUCAUGGGCCUUAAUUUUGGCAUUCAAAGCAGGGCAAGAAACCUUGGUUCUUGAAAUGUGAAAAAUGCUUGAAAUAGCCUCCCCUUAAGAUCACAACGUUGGUCAAAUGGUAGACACUUUACUACUGUCUUAGGACUGCUUGUGUACAUACAGUCAUGCGCCACAUAACGUUUUGGUCAGUGACAAACUACAUAUACAAUGGUGGUCCCAUAAGAUUAGUACCAUAUAGCCUAGGUGUGUAGUAGGGUAUACCAUCUAGGUUU